CUCGCAGGAAAGCACACGUCGAAGCAGUGCGACUUCUAUACAUUGCAGGUGGUGGCAGUGUUAAUGUGUAUGCUACAUAUGUUCAGCUAGUGCCAGUUACAUCGUGGACUUGUUAAAGUCUUGGUUGUGUUAUGAGUCUGACUGUGCGACCCGUAAAGAAAAGCUGCCUGACAGCCCGUCCUCGGGGCAACAAUUCCCCUCGCCACAUAUGACUUGAACUCGCUGCACUCCACCGGUGUUACGUUCAGCGGGAGCUGCUCGCCCCUCUCCUCGUCGGACAGUCUCUGCGGUUUGCCUCCUUGACACACCUUUUGUUGUCUAGUGGAGCUGGAGUCAGCUAACGGCUGCUACCGAGCAUCACCCGCCCGACAGCGGUGAAGUCAAGUCGGGGUUUACGGAGUUACUCUGAAGCCGAGGGAGCCUCGAAGUGGCGGCCAACACCCUGCCAGGAUGAGUGGUGACGGACUGAACCCCGCUGCAGCAGCUCGGCCAGUGGAUGAUGCUCAAGGAGACGGACGGUGGAUGUCACAGCACACACGGUUUGUGCUGGAGUGUAAGGACGCUGAACCAGAUGUGCUUUUUGUGGGAGAUUCUAUGAUACAGCUAAUGCAGCAGUAUGAGGUCUGGAGGGAGUUGUUUUCUCCUCUUCACGCUCUCAACUUUGGCAUUGGAGGAGACACAACCUGCAACGUGCUGUGGAGACUACAGAACGGAGAACUGGAGAACAUUCGUCCCAAAGUGGUGGUGCUGUGGGUAGGAACUAACAAUUAUGGACACACAGCAGAGCAAGUUGCAGGAGGAAUUCUUGCGAUUGCACAACUGCUCACGUCCCGUCUCCCAAAGGCAAAGAUACUCGUACUGGGCCUGUUGCCUCGAGGGGAGCGGCCCAACCCACUGAGGGUGAAGAACGCUGCUGUCAAUGGGUUCCUGCGCUCCUGGCUGCCCCGUCUGGGCAGGGCGCAGUUCCUGGAUGUGAGCGGGGAGUUUGUUCACUCCGACGGAACCAUCAUCCCCCAGGACAUGUUUGACUUCCUUCACCUGACUGCGACGGGUUACCGCACCGUGGCCAAGCCCCUCAGUGACCUGCUGCUCCAGAUACUGGAGGAGAUUCCCGAGGAGAGACGGGCAUCGCUGGUGUGAGGGCCACGGCCCAGCAGCGACAUUUACCCAGAGGCAUGUCUCCCCCGCUGCUGUGGGAGAAGGGGGAGAUGUGCCCCUGGUAUCUGGAGGAGGAAGGGCCCACUCACAGAGGGGGGAACCCAUACCCUGAUGUGAGUGGGCCCACGAGGGAUGCGGGGUGAAAUUUAUGAACUGUGGGGAGGUGUGGGGAGGUGAAGAGGAGGGAGAGAGAGAGACCUCACUACAGACGUAGACACUGUGAUUGCAGAUUGCAAAAGGAUUUACCAAGGUCAGACUACUCUGAAACAUAGACCAUAUGGGACUACAAACAGAUUUAUCUUGGGCUGAGGAUAAAAUUAGUGUUUCCCCUCUGUAGCUGUUGCCAAGGAAACAUGUUACAAAAAAGAAAAACACAAUCUCAAUCUUCCCCCGUGUAUUUCUUUGAUGUCUUCAGAACUGUUUGCUGUGACGUCUCGCUGUUAACACAGGAAAAGUCCAGCGCAGUGACUACACGCAAUGGGAAGAACUUUAUCUAUCUAUGAACAAUGUUACCAGUCUGACCAGUACACAACAGAGCAGUGGUCCCCGACCUGGUGGUCAUCCCAUAUUGCUUUACCUCUUUUCAAGGGUCCACAAGUGAAAAAGGUCGGGGGCCACUGCUACAGAGAGGCUACUGCUGAGACACGAUGUAUUACAGUGAACAGUAUUUUAAAAAAAUAACUCCUACAAUGAGUUUACUUACAGUGUAAUCCUGCAAAUAAUUUUUACAAAUUCACUCAGUCCAGUUGUUUAUGUUCAACCAGAUAUACGGAGCACUUAGUCUUCUAGAUGUACAUUUUCUAACUCGAUGUGUAACUAUUUAGGCGUCUCUACAAUUUGUGAAUCAAUAUAGAUAGACGAUAUCUGGAGAGACCACACAUCACCGCUUCAUCUCACGUGACGUCAAACUAAUUAUUCAACUCAAACCUGACGUCGGUGUUACCUGCAUGCACGUUUUUAAGGACAGCCUCAACUUUGGCGUCGAAAGUAGGCCGACGCCUCUGUAUAUUACACAUAAGUGUGCAUUAAUAAUGUAUGUACGUUAAUUGAGCGAAUGUCAAAAUCAUGUAUUCAUACAUUUCCACUGGUGGUGUUGUGCUGCUGUCUACAUACGUCUUCCAAAAAGACGCCGAACCUGCUGCUUUCGUGCAAAGUGUCUUUCACAUCCAGAAAAAUUGGAUUUGCAUUUUAUUUGUGGAAUUACUUUUCACCAUUUAGGUAAAA